AUGCCGCCGAUGGGCAGCAAGGACCCGAAGGGACUGUACCAAACACUGGGAUUGGAAUCCAGCGCCAGCGAAGCCGAAAUCAGGAAGGCAUACAGGCGGCUUGCCUUGAAAUACCAUCCAGACAAGAAUGCGAGUCAAGAUGCCACUGCCGAGUUCCAGAAGAUCGCGAGCGCCUACGAGGUGCUGUCAGAUUCCGAGCGUCGCACCAUGUACGACACCAAAGGCUGUGUUGACAGCGAGGAGUUAGAUGAUGAUGAGGGUCUGCUGCAUGCCGCGAACUUGUUCAACAUGUUCUUCGGGGGUGGAAUGGCGCAGGAUAUGGAUGCGGAGGAGCAGGUUCUGUUGGACGAGCUCCUGAGGAUGACUGGUGCCUUCAGCUUCAAGGCCCACAGCUCCAGGCCGCGGCGCAAGGGCCGCGGCCGAAAAAAAGCUGCUGGCAUGUGGAUGGAGGAGGCCUUCCUGGCGGCUAUGUCAGGUAUGCCAUCCUGCGAAGUGACUUGUCCAUCAGGGCAUACGCUCAAAAGGAAAAAGGCAGACGGAGGCUACGAAUGUGACGUGUGCAGCAAGGACAUUCCCGACGGAAAGCGCUUCUUUGACUGCCGCAAGUGCGACUUCAGCAUGUGCGUUGCGUGCCACAAGAAAGCAGAAAGCAGUGCAAUGGCGGAGGAGGAAGAGGACGACACCGACGCCGAGGUCUUCGAAGCCUUUUGUGAAGCCAAUCUGCAUCCCGAACGGCAGGGUGGCAGGCUUGGGUUUCGUUGCGCUCUCUGCAGACUCCUCCUGGAUUCACAGGCGGAGGCCGCAGCUCACCUCGCAGAGGCUCACGCGGCAGAGCUUGAGGCUGUCGCAGAUGAAGUUCGGUCUGAGCUUCGAAAUGGCUACGGAGCCCACGGCACAUCUUCUUCAGGAUAUGGUCGUUCGUCAGACGACUUUGAAGCGAUGAUUUUCGGGGCUGCGAUGGAGGGCAUGCUGGGGGGAUUCGGUGACAUGCCCUCACCACCCAAGGGUCGGCGAGCUCGACGAAAGCGUUGA